AUGGCGGCGCAGCAGCAGCAGCAGCAGCAGCAGCAUCCGCGGGCGGGCGCGGGCCUUCCGCAGUCGGCGAAGUCCUCUGCGGACGCCGCCGACCCGCUGAGCCGCUUCACGUGUCCCGUGUGCUUGGAGGUGUACGAGAAGCCGGUGCAGGUGCCGUGCGGACACGUCUUUUGCUCUGCAUGCCUGCAGGAGUGUCUGAAGCCGAAGAAGCCUGUCUGUGGGGUGUGCCGCAGCGCUCUGGCACCUGGCGUCCGAGCCGUGGAGCUCGAGCGGCAGAUCGAGAGCACAGAGACUUCUUGCCAUGGCUGCCGUAAGGAUUUCUUCCUGUCUAAGAUCCGGGCCCACGUGGCUACCUGUGCCAAGUAUCAGAAUUACAUCAUGGAGGGCGUGAAGGCGACCACCAAGGAUGCGUCUCUUCAGCCAAGAAACGUCCCAAACCGGUACACCUUUCCUUGUCCUUACUGUCCCGAAAAGAACUUUGACCAGGAAGGACUUGUGGAGCACUGCAGAUUGUCUCACAGCACAGAUACCAAGUCUGUGGUCUGUCCAAUAUGCGCCUCGAUGCCCUGGGGAGACCCCGACUACCGCAGCGCCAACUUCAUAGAGCACAUUCAGCGCCGCCACCAGUUUUCUUACGACACCUUUGUGGAUUACGACGUGGAUGAAGAGGACGUGAUGAACCAGGUGCUCCAGCGCUCCAUCCUCGACCAGUGAGCCGCCGCCCCCGCCCAUGUUCCAGAGCUUCCAGCACGCGCGCAUUAAGUGUGAAGCCGUUGACAGCUAUGCCUCACCCUGCUGCAGACCUGGAAAUGAGUCGUGGCACGGGACAGGGUCACCCCACACAGGAACUGGCUCCUAAGUCAGAACCCUGUUUCCCUUUGGGCUCUCUUCCCCACUGUUAGUUGUUUGUUCACAUGGUCUAGUCUGGUCCUCAGGCACUUCCUAGAGUUUGCGCUGCCUCUUCUGGAAGAGAUUCCAGCCCCGACCUCCACGUGUCCUUGUUUCCUGUUCUUCCCUGUCCAGUAUUCCUCUCAGAUCCUCUGAGCCAUCGGGACCUUCACUAGGUCAUGAUAGCACAAGGAAAUGGUGGCGUCUCCUGCCCUUGUCCCCCAGGAGUCAGCUCUCCAGGGCUUCUGCUGCGCCGCUGUCUGGGCCUUUGGCAGCAUUCCAGGAACACUUCACGAGUCCUCUGGAGCAGACAGUGUGGUUUUCCGUAGCAGUGCUGAGGUUCUGAGUCGUAUUUUCCCAUGCCUCCUGCACACUCGUAGAAUAAACCGGUUCCAUCUGAAAUGCCUGCAGGUGCCUUUUUAGGACAAACUAUCAGCAUGUAUUUCUAUUAGAAGUAUUAGGAGUUGGAAUGCGUUAUCUGUAAGUAGGGAGAGAUCAGCUCAGAGGUGGAGGGCCACAACUUUCUGGUUCUGAUUUUCAAACUAAUGUGUUUUCAGGUUUUUAGGGUCGAGUGUGAGUGUGUGUCUACUGGAUUCUGCUUAUGUUCUUUUUUUUUUUUUUUUUUUUUUCCCUGCUUAUGUUCUUGUUCGAAAGGGUGAUCAGGAGGCCUCAAGGGACUAAGGAGGCUGGGGGCUCUGGUGACCACUGGUCCUUUCAUCUGUUGCUUGGUGACAUGGAUGAAGCUGAACAUUACUCUCCUGUCACAUGUGAAUUCUUUCUGACGCUGCAGUGUGUAGGUCUGCGUUUAAAACACUGCCUUGCAGCGCAGAGGCUCUGGGAGAGCGAGACUCACACCGUUUUCCUCUCCCACCAGCAGUGACAAGCUCCGCGAUAGCUCAGGAGGCUUGAUGUUCCUUCCCUCCCUGUGUUUAACCAACACUGACAGAGCCCGUGGCACAGCUGUCCACCCGUCUGUACUCAAUGGUCCUCUGAUGGGUCUACCCUGUUCUUCAUGCCCUGUGUGUCUAGUCUGACUGUGGAGGCUUUUUUUUUUUUUUUUUUUUUUCCCUGAGACUGCCAGCAGUAGUGGGCUUCUGUCUGUCUGUCUGCCAGGGAAAACCUAGGUCAGAUGCCUACUGAUCACCAGAGGCUGGGCCCAUGCGGGGCACAAGAUUUUUCUCGUGUAAUAUUAUUUAGAAGGAGUCAGAUGUUAAGGUCGCUUCCUCUAAUUUCUGGAACAGGUUUGCUCAGGCCUCCCUGAGUUGAGAUCAUGUCUCGAUAGGAGCUUGGAGGGAAGUCUGCCCAAACCUUCGUUUGAGGAGGAGAGCACGCCCAUCUUGCGGGGGCACCUAAAGCAUAGAUCCUCGUGUUAAGUGCACUUCAUGUAUUUCUAAUACGAUGAUUUUCCAGAAAGUGAGAUUUUUAUGUUUUGGGUUUAAAGGUGAAAUAUAAAUAUAAAUAAAUUUCCUAAUUUACCAGC